CUUGGGCCCCGGACAUGCGGUGAUCUCAGAGCAAGGGCAGCCACCGCCACCCGACCUCACCAGCCAUGAAUGCCCACCCCAAGGAGAUGGUGCCCCUCAUGGGCAGAAAAGCCACCGUCACCAGUGGGAACCAAGUUGUCCUACAGGAGAAGAGGCCAGCGGAGAUCACCCCCACUAAGAAGAGCGCACACUUCUUCCUGGAGAUAGAAGGGUUUGAGCCCAACCCCACUGUCGCCAAGACCUCUCCCCCCAUCUUCUCCAAGCCGAUGGAUUCCAACAUCCGGCAGUGCCUCUCUGGCAACUGUGAUGACAUGGACUCCCCACAAUCUCCUCAGGAUGAUGUGACAGAGACCCCAUCCAAUCCCAACAGUCCCAGUGCAAACCUGGCUAAAGAAGAGCAGAGGCGGAAAAAGAAGAGGCUGAAGAAGUGCCUCUUUGCGGCUGUGUCCGAGGGCUGCGUGGAGGAGCUGGUGGAGUUGCUGGUGGAGCUGCAGGAGCUUUGCAAGAGGCGCCGCAACCUGGACGUGCCCGACUUCCUCAUGCACAAGCUGACGGCCUCAGACACAGGGAAGACCUGCCUGAUGAAGGCCUUGCUGAACAUCAACCCCAACACCAAGGAGAUCGUGCGGAUCCUGCUCGCCUUUGCCGAUGAGAACGACAUUCUGGACAGGUUCAUCAACGCCGAGUAUACCGAGGAGGCCUACGAAGGGCAGACGGCGCUGAAUAUCGCCAUCGAGCGGCGGCAGCGAGACAUCACAGCGCUGCUCAUCGCGGCCGGCGCCGACGUCAACGCCCACGCCAAGGGGGUCUUCUUCAACCCCAAGUACCAGCACGAGGGCUUCUACUUCGGCGAGACACCCCUUGCCUUGGCAGCAUGUACCAACCAGCCCGAGAUCGUGCAGCUGCUGAUGGAGAACGAGCAGACAGACAUCACCUCGCAGGACUCACGGGGCAACAACAUCCUACAUGCCCUGGUGACGGUGGCCGAAGACUUUAAGACACAGAAUGACUUCGUUAAGCGCAUGUAUGACAUGAUCUUGCUGAGGAGUGGCAACUGGGAGCUGGAGACCAUGCGCAACAAUGACGGCCUCACCCCGCUGCAGCUGGCCGCCAAGAUGGGCAAGGCCGAGAUCCUGAAGUACAUCCUCUGUCGUGAGAUCAAGGAGAAGCCACUCCGGAGCUUGUCCAGGAAGUUCACCGACUGGGCAUAUGGGCCCGUAUCAUCCUCGCUCUACGACCUCACCAACGUAGAUACCACAACAGACAACUCGGUGCUGGAAAUCAUUGUCUACAAUACCAACAUUGAUAACCGGCACGAGAUGCUGACCCUGGAGCCCCUGCACACGCUGCUGCGUAUAAAGUGGAAGAAGUUUGCCAAGUACAUGUUCUUCCUGUCCUUCUUCUUUUAUUUCUUCUACAACAUCACCCUGACUCUCAUCUCUUACUACCGACCCCGGGAGGAGGAGGCCCUGCCACACCCCUUGGCCCUGACGCACAAGAUGGGGUGGCUGCAGCUCUUGGGGAGGAUGUUCGUGCUCAUCUGGGCCAUGUGCAUCUCUGUGAAGGAGGGCAUCGCGAUCUUCCUGCUGAGACCCUCAGAUCUGCAGUCCAUCCUCUCGGAUGCCUGGUUUCACUUUGUCUUUUUUGUCCAAGCUGUGCUUGUGAUACUGUCUGUCUUCUUGUACUUGUUUGCCUACAAAGAGUACCUCGCCUGCCUCGUGCUGGCCAUGGCCCUGGGCUGGGCGAACAUGCUCUACUACACGCGGGGGUUCCAGUCCAUGGGCAUGUACAGCGUCAUGAUCCAGAAGGUCAUUUUGCAUGAUGUUCUGAAGUUCUUGUUUGUAUAUAUCGUGUUCUUACUUGGAUUCGGAGUAGCCCUGGCCUCGCUGAUUGAGAAGUGUCCCGAGGACAACAAGGACUGCAGCUCCUAUGGCAGCUUCAGCGACGCUGUGCUGGAACUCUUCAAACUCACCAUAGGCCUGGGCGACCUGAACAUCCAGCAGAACUCCAAGUACCCCAUCCUCUUCCUGUUCCUGCUCAUCACCUACGUCAUCCUCACCUUCGUCCUCCUCCUCAACAUGCUCAUCGCCCUCAUGGGGGAGACCGUUGAGAACGUCUCCAAGGAGAGUGAGCGCAUCUGGCGCCUGCAGAGAGCCAGGACGAUCUUGGAGUUUGAGAAGAUGUUGCCAGAAUGGCUGCGGAGCAGGUUCCGGACGGGAGAGCUGUGUAAAGUGGCAGAGGAAGAUUUCCGGCUGUGUCUGCGGAUCAACGAGGUGAAGUGGACUGAAUGGAAAACACACGUCUCCUUCCUCAACGAAGAUCCCGGGUCCGUGAGACGGACAGAUUUCAACAAAAUCCAAGAUUCUUCCAGGAGCAACAGCAAAACCACCCUCAACGCGUUCGAUGAAAUAGAUGAGUUUCCGGAAACUUCAGUGUAG